AUGGAGGUCGCCACGCACAAUGUAACGAUCGGUGCGCCGGUUGAGACGCCUGUCUCCCCGCCGACAACUCCAGAUCUCUCUCACCACGACGCAAUUCCCAUGGACAUUGGACAGACCCACGGCACAGGAGCAUGGGCCGACGACAUUGAGGAAGACAGUGAAAAAAAGGAGUUAAUCACUGUGGCAGUCAUGGACAAACCUUCUUUGAUUAGGAGGAGGCUGCCUCAGCUGUUCGCCGCUCUAUCGGCGACUCUGGGCGGCUUCUGUCUGGGUACCGUGCUGGGCUGGUCGUCGCCCGCAGGCCCCCUCCUGGAGAAAGAGCUGGAGCUGUCAGAAGAGACCGUCUCGUGGUGUGGCGGGAUCAUGCCGCUGGGCGCACUGGCUGCCAUGGUGAUGGGGUCCUUCACGCUGGACAGGGUGGGCAGGAGGCUGCCUCUGCUCUGCCUGGCGCCGCCCUUCGUGCUCGGCUGGAUGCUUCUCUCCUUCUGCAAGGACGCGUGGGUCCUGCUUGUGGGCCGCUUCAUCACUGGCUUCUGUGGUGGCGCCUUCUGCACAGCCUGUCCUGUCUACACUGGAGAGAUCUCCGAGAAGGAAAUCCGCGGCGCACUAGGCGUCUGUUUCCAGUUCAUGGUCACCUCAGCGACGAAGGUAGCCAGUGGACGCUCGGACGUCAGCCCGCUAGGCUUUGCUCGGUUGUACCGCGGUGACUGUAACCACGCGCUGUUGGCCUCUGUUGUGAUCGCAGCCAGGGGCCGUGACGAUGGGUGGAGGGCUACAUGUUGUGGACCACCUGCAGGCAUCCUGUAUGUUUACGUGGUGGGUAAAUGGUCGAAUCUGAUGUGGCUGUCGCUGCUGUGCUCCAUCCCGCCCAUCUUAUUCUUCGUGCUUUUCUUCUUCGUGCCGGAGUCGCCGAUAUUCCUGCUGAGCCAGGACAAGACGGAGAACGCGACGGUGGCGCUGCGGUGGCUGCGUGGUGGCGCCAACGCCGAUAUCAAUGCUGACCUCGCUGAGAUGACCGAGACAGUGGCCCACGCAAGGGCGCGUAAGGGGAAGUUGAAGGAUAUGUUCGUCUCACACGCAGCAGGGCGUUGCCUGGGCAUCGGCUUGGGACUACAGUUUUCCCAGCAACUGUCCGGUAUCAACAUCAUUAUCUUCUAUUCUGUGUCCAUCUUUGUAUCUGCGGGCAGCAGAAUGGACCCCAGCGACUGUGCCAUCAUAGUCGGCGUCGUACAGGUGCUGGCGACCUUUUUGUCUACAGUGCUGGUAGAGUGCGCAGGCCGGCGAAUAUGGAUGAUGCUGUCCAUGAGUGGCAUGGGCAUAUGCCUCCUCUUAAUGGGAGUGUACUUCAACCUCAAGAACAGCGAUCCAGAGACCGCAGACCACAUCGGCUGGCUCCCCCUGCUGUCCAUGUGCCUCUACCUGCUCUUUUUCUCUCUAGGGGCCGGCCCCCUGCCCUGGGUCGUCAUUGGGGAGAUCUUCCCAGGAGAGAUCAAGGGUAUCGCCGCCUCCAUUUGUGGUGGCACCAACUGGACACUCGCCUUCAUCGUCUCAAAGACAUUUGUCAACUUGGUAGGCGCCAUUGGGACUGACGCCACUUUCUGGCUAUAUUCUGGCAUCUGCUUCCUCGCCACCGUUUGGAUCUUCUUCCGCGUUAUUGAGACGAGAAACAAGACACUGGAUGAAAUCACGAAGGAAAUUAUUGGCGAAUAG